CCGCCAUCGGUGUUCCGGGCCCCAGGGCCGCGCGCCCGCCCUAGGACUGUGGGUACGGCCGCCAUAUGUGGACCUUAAAACGCCUUGUAGCCUUUUGAAGCGCUUUGACAUCUCUGAAGGGCUUUGUAUUGCAAACUAAAUCGAAGCGCUUUGUAGUCCCGGAAGCGCUUUGACAUCUCCGAAGUAGCGCUGUGCAAACUGAAGCGAUUGGUAAUCGCGGAAGCACGUUGUGGGCUUGGAAACCGAACCGAAGCCUUUAGUAAAUUUUGCAGCUUUUUGACUUUUCCGAAGCGCUUUGGCAUCCCUGAAACCUAGAGAACUGUGAUGGGCAGUGGAAAGAAAGGGGAAAGGUGCCCAUGGCGUCGGAGCGGCACAAGGUCAAGCACCAUUGGAGCAGCACUUCGGAAGGGUGUUCCCGCAAGCGCAGCUGCCUCCGGGAGCCCAGUGAUGUGGCCCCCUCCAGACGGUCAGCUCGUAGCUCUUCGUCGCGUUCUGGAGGGGCCAGCAGCCCCAAACGUCUGAAAGCCCAGAAGGAGGACGAUGUGGCCUGCUCACCUAGGUUGUCUUGGGACUCAUCCCGCCGCAGAAAUUCCUCCUCUUCCUCCCAUUCCUCAGGCCCAAGUGUGGACAGUGCUGCCUCCAAAGGCUGCCUGAUUCGGAGCACUGGGCAGUUCCUUUCGUCAGGGGGAUCCCCUCUGCGCCCUGCCAACUCCUCUCUAGAAGAAAUGGCUUCUCUAGAGGAAGCCUGCAGCCUUAAGGUUGAUUCCAAAGAUAGUUCUCGUAAUUCCAUGAACUCUGAGUUUGCAGCUGAAGCUGACGGUCAAAAUGAUACAAUCGAAGAACAAAACAAGGUUCAGAAAAGGAAGAGGGAUAGACUUCGAGAUCAAGGCUCUACAAUGAUCUAUUUGAAGGCUAUCCAGGGUAUCUUGGGAAAGUCAAUGCCAAAAAGGAAGGGAGAAGCUGUCACUAGGGCAAAACCAAACACAGGAGAGCGUCCUAGCCGCGGAGAAGGCCCAGCCAGAAGCGUUACUGUGUCUGCUCCUCCAAAAGAGAAAGAGUCAGCCCCAGAGGUCAUAGCAAAGGAGGAAAAGGCUGUGCUGGAGAAGAGCAACUUCUGCAACAGGAGAGUGGUGAUAGACCCUCAGGAGAAACCCAGCGAGGAGCCACUUGGUGACCGAAGGACAAUCAUUGACAAGUGCUCUCCAACCCUAGUAUUUUUGGAUGACUCCGACUCUCAUUUAGAAAGCCAAAAGCCUAAAGAAAGAGAGGUGGUGAUAGAGCACACCUCUUCGGGAAGUGACUGGUCCGAUGUGGAUGAUGUCUCCACAGUCAGAUUCUCUCAGGAGGAGCCUGUUUCGCUGAAACUCUCAGCAGUUCCAGAGCCUUCUGCCUUCCCCACUGACUAUGUCAUGUACCCGGCUCAUUUGUACAGUAGCCCUUGGCGUGACUAUGCUAGCUAUUGGACCAGCAGUGCCAAGCCUUCAGGCUACCCCUCCAUGGGCAGCAGCAGUAAUGACACAUUGCAAGCUAGUAGGAGCAGUCGGGGCCUCCAGAGUAAUUAUUCCUCCAAUUCAAGAGUGAGCUCCCAAGACACCUCCAGAGACCUGGAGGUAACAGAAGAAGGAACCUCCCCAAAUUCUCGUUCAUUUCGUUUCUCCAGAAGCUUGGAAGAAGUCAAGGAGAAAAGAACAUUCCAGGAGGAGACGCCACCCCGUUCUUGUGAAGGACGUGCAUCUAGCUCCCUGCCAAGGAACCAUCGGGAGCCAAGCCUAGAGGAGGGUUUCAUUGAUACCCAUUGUCACUUGGACAUGCUCUAUUCCAAGUUGUCUUUUAAAGGGACCUUUAGCAAAUUCAGAAAAAUUUAUAGCAGCUCCUUCCCUAAGGAAUUUCAGGGCUGCAUCUCUGACUUCUGUGAUCCCAGGACACUGACAGAUUGUCUCUGGGAGGAGCUAUUGAAAGAAGAUCUGGUAUGGGGGGCCUUUGGCUGUCAUCCUCAUUUUGCACGUUAUUACAGUGAGAGUCAAGAAAGAAAUCUUUUACAAGCCUUAAGGCACCCCAAGGCUGUGGCAUUUGGGGAAAUGGGCCUGGAUUACUCUUACAAGUGCACCACGCCUGUCCCAGAACAGCACAAGGUAUUUGAGAGACAGCUGCAGCUGGCCGUGUCUCUAAAGAAGCCCUUGGUGAUUCACUGCCGAGAAGCUGAUGAAGAUCUGCUAAGCAUCAUGAAAAAAUUUGUGCCCUCAGACUACAAGAUCCAUAGGCAUUGCUUCACUGGCAGCUACCCAGUCAUCGAGCCCCUGCUGAAGCACUUUCCUAACAUGUCUGUGGGCUUCACUGCAGUCCUGACUUACUCCUCCGCCUGGGAGGCCCGGGAAGCUCUGAAACAGAUCCCGCUGGAGAGAAUCAUCGUAGAAACUGAUGCCCCCUACUUCCUGCCUCGACAGGUUCCCAAAAGCCUUUGCCAGUAUGCCCACCCAGGCCUGGCCUUGCAUACAGUUCGAGAGAUUGCCAGGGUCAAAGAUCAGCCGCUCUCCCGCACCUUGGCUACUCUGCGUGAGAACACCAGUCGCCUCUACAAUCUUUAAGCAGAGAGGGUGCAGUCAGGAGUCUCCCAUAGAAGGAUGACCAGUGGCCUGACAGAACAUAGACUGGGUUUCGCCUCUGGCUGAGUCCCAGGACAAGGGUGUGUUUGGAGAGCCCAUUGGAAUGGAGAAAACCAGGACCAGAGAUAGGAUGUUUUCCUUGAAACCUCGUCAUAAGGCUUCUUUCUGCUUCUGGCUGGUGGGUGGGUGGGUGGAUGGGGUGCAGUAGAGCAAGGUGAGGGGUGGUGGUUUGCCUCCCAGCCACAAUGCUCCAGGGCAGUCAGGGAAGAAGAAAGAGGUUGGUAGAAGGGCGCAACAAGUUUGCCAAUCCAAAUUACUCUUCUGGGCAGCCUGUGUGUUUGAGCAGUCUGUGAAUAAAGUUACCCUCCUACUUGUCUAAGCACAUAUCAAUGUGUAAUUUGGUUCCUGGUUCUUAGUUCUAAAAAUGAACUCCCAAGGGGAAUCUCUUGUGGAGGACCUUCACUGGAGACCUGUCUUUAGAGGUUUAUUUUCCUGCUACCAGUGAUGUCAUCCCCCGUCCUUCUCCAGAUAACUUCAUAUUGGCUCUUGCUGUAUCAACUCUGCAUUGGCACAGGUGGAAGGACCUCAGCUGCUGAUCUCGCUGGUUCCACUGUCAUCAUUUCAGGGGCCCCUAAUUGUCCAGGGAAAGUCCUGGCUAAUGGAAAUCCAGAUAGAUUGGGGGACUCAAGGAAGAGGACUCCUUGAGGAAGAGGACCCCAAAGAAGGUGUUCCCACUUAUUGAUGCCCCCAGGGCUGCAGAGUGUUAAACUGAUAAGGAUCUAGUUUGCAGCAGAAGUUACCUGCUUGUCUGCUGUUGGGAUUCCAGCUGCCCUUUGUUCCAUAUUUGCCCCCUUUUCCUGGAACACUGGACCAGAAAUACUCCUGUUUCAUCACAUGUGAUAGCCCCUCUUGUGCCCCACCCAGGUUGAGAGGUAAACCAGUUUAAUUCUCCAAAGCCCUGAUGAGGCCAGUCAGCCAUGUUCUAUUUCCUAUUCAGAAUAAGCAAGCCUGGUGUCUGUAAGGCUCUCAGUCCCAUUCAUGGGGACAUCUCCUUUGCCUUUGCUUCCUCUAUGUCCUUUCUCCAUGUUCAAAGUUAGAGGCUCUCCUUUGACUUUGAGCAGCUGGGUCAUCUCAAGUCUUGAGCUGUGUUCUGCUCUGUGCUGGUGCCUUGUAAAGGUAUAUUCAUUACAAGCCCUGGAAGGUUAUAAUAGUCAAGGAUUAAGUGUGAAGACAUUCUAUACUUUGUCCAAAAGGAUCCUUUACCCCGGUCUCUUGCAGUGAGACACGCCACCCUGAGUCCCUUGUGUGUUUCUCGGAGGCCAGUAGCUUAAAUUGUAAAAUUCAUCACUUAGCUGAGUUUCUUUAGGUUGUUUUGGAAGGCACAUUUGAGCCUUGUAAGUUAAAAGGAAAUGACUUAACAUUUUUUGUGCCUGGUAUUUCUGUCUUGCCCUUGUACACGUUCUGGGCUGGGAAGUAGGUCUUAAUUCACUGUUGAUGUUCUGUGGAUUAGCUGUGUGUUGUCUGUGCCUCAAAUUUGGCAGUGUGAGGAAUUGGGCUUGUUCUCCUGCUUGGAAGAUUUGGGGGACUGCUAAGUAUUUCAGAGUGCUUUAUUGUCACCCAAAUAUACUGCAGCAUAUCCAUCUCCUUCACAACAAGCCCUAAAAGUCACUACUGCCUACCUGGGAAACCAACUAGUCCUGCAUUAGGGGAUUAAAAGUGGUGACUAAAUGGAUGUCUCCAAGCCUGUGCAGCCUUUCUGCCAAGGUAAAGCACAAGGUGCUAUAUACUUUUAUUUCUAGGAUUUAGGAUUAUCAUUUCUACAUUGGGGGCGUGAAAGCUGGUUGGCAAUGUUUUUGAUUUUGGAUUGGUGACUUGGUUGUUUUUGCUGUGCUGCUGGAAUGCCUCUGUACUACCCCCACCUCUGGCCAUCAGCUUCUGAAAAUAAAGGAUGGACUCUCA